GGCCUAUAAAAGAUGGGCUGAGAGUUCGCAGCCAUUUCAGAAGGACACGUUUUGGAACUGAAAAAAAGACCAAACACUUAGACACAAUGAGAAUAGUGAUCCUCUGCGGAAUCCUUGUUCUGCUCUGUCAGCAGGGGCUGGUGAACGGACACGUGUUGGGCAGGGCCUACGCGGCCGCAGACCUGGCCAGGCUGAAGAGUCUGCUGGAGCAGUUCGAGGAGACUCUGGCCGGCGAGGAGGCUGCCGACGGGGCAUCCGACUACCAGGAUGGCAGGCUGGACCCCGAGCAGAGCCCUGCCGGCCCGGAGUGGACCAGGGACAAAGCAUCUCAAGGGACAACCCCAGAGGAUGGUUUCCGGGCCCAGAGGAACCUGCUGCAGGACCUGCUCAUGUCGACCCGAAGCAAGUCCGCCUGCUUCGGAGGACGGAUCGACCGGAUCGGGAGCUCUAGCGGCCUGGGCUGCAGUCCAAAGCGAGGAUAGAAGCUUCGGAACACCUCUGGGACCUUUUUUCCAUACCUACAUGCUUUUGAAAAAAUAUAUUUUUUUUGACUUAAAUAUAUUGUUCAUCAUUGCGAUCAGCGACAGCCAAGAAACGAAAUGUUUUACCAGUUUUAAACUCGAGACCUCAUCCUUUGUGAUUCAAAGCUGAUUGGUGAGGAUUUGUAUAUCCGGAUGUUAAACCAUCGUAACCGUAAUUAGACUUUAAAGGUUAACUUUAAAUAUAGAUGUACAUUAGCUGCUACCUAAAGAUGGUGCCAUCUGACAGUGAGACAAUCUAGCUACCUUUGUGGGGUUUUUUUUUUUUGUUUGUUUUACUGCCAGCUGUCCCAGCUGCGCACAGCCGACGGACACAGCAGCGGAAGCUUAUUACGGGAGAUCGUCAGCACCUGCUCCAAAUGUUAUUAGGACACUCCUAAUAUUAACCAUCAGAGUCCAUCAGGCAAAUACAGCCACAUACCUCUCCUUUGUAGGCAGAGUAAUGUGUAGGGCUGCUGCUCAAUACUCCCACAUCAUGGGUACACAUCAGUGCAGAUAAAUAAAGACGUAUUUAUAUCUAAAGUCA